UUGUUGUAAAACUCUUAAUUAAUUUAUUAUUAAUACCUAACAGAUGUCACUGGGUCACGUAACGUCAAAAAAGUGACAGUUGUUGGUAAAUAAAAUGUUGCAAAUAAGUGUAUUUUUCUUUUGAUCUGUUAUGUUUGGACAACUCAGCACCCAAACACGUCAAGACCCCAGUUGUAAAAAAUGACAAAAAUCAGUGAAAUCAGCCGAAAUUCGUCUGCAAGCCUUUCCGACGAUGACGAGGAGACAAGAGUGCGCAAAUUUGCAAAACACAUGCUCAAGAGCUCCCUAUUUAUCGGUACGUUUCUGGAAAAAAGGCUGGUUGAACCUUUGAACUCGUACCGCGAUGUAAUUAAAAUAUGCGACGAUGAACACGACCUUAUUGCGAAUUUAAAAGCAGUGAGGAAGCGCUGCUUGAAGCAUUUUACCAAAAAUGUGUGGAUUGGUAUCACGGAGCCGAAAACAAUCGGGGCCCCGGCAGGUUACAAUUUGUGGGUGAGUCUGGACGAAGAGGUUUUUGGGAGUUUUUGGUACAAAAUCAAAAACGUUGAAUUCUUCCACAAUGAAGUUAGAGUCAAGCUUGAAGUUGUGAGGCCAGUCAGAGAGAAGACUCCAGUUCAUAAUAUAACUCCCACUCAGAUUUUUGAAGACGUUUCUCAGAAGAAUUUGGGUGAAUUGGGUGCAAAAUUUCAGGAGUUUUUCAAGGAUCAGUUGAGGAACUUGUUUACUGAAACCUUGACUUGGCCCAACAUUAAACAAGCCACCAUAUUUAUGGUUCUUUUGUUAUCAACACUGAUCACUUUCUUGAUACACACCAUCAAGUACCUUCUAGACUAUCUCCUGAAACUUUUGCGUGAAACGCAAGGACUUAUCAGGGUUUGCACCCCAAUUAUUGUCAACUUUAUGACUUUAAUUUCGAAUACCAUUUGUGGAUUUUAUUCUUUAUUGGCGGUUUUGUGGCGAAAUCGGUCACCACCAAUCAAUCAAUUACACAUAUCUCCGUAUGAUGUACCAUAUUAUAGAAGUAAUAUGAGGGCAUUACCUUACCAGGCAGGAGACUUUCAAAGGUAUCGCAAAUCUCGCGGAUCUUCAGUCAAGAUCACUCCGUUGGAUUAAGUUUCUUUGCAUUAUAUAAUUCUGUUUGCAUUUUUAAUCACAUCGCUGCAAAGUGGGGCACUAGGCAAAGCUACUUUAUUGUAGUCGACUCACAAUGUAAAUAAUUUGUGUAAUAUUGCUUUUAUCUGGGCUCAGGAAUGUUGACAUUGGGACUUGUACAGAUAAAAACUAGAUGCGUUUUGUGGUCAAAAAACUAUGUAUUUUAUUGUAGACUUAAUAACGAAAUAUUUAUAAGUGAAACAACUCGUAUCUAUUUUUAUAAUUGUUGAAAAAUACAAAUGUUAA